CAUUUUCUCGCAUGAAACAACUAACAGAAAAAAAGAACAAUGAGGCAACAAAGAGAACCCGUGAGCAACGACUCUGAGGCGCGCCGUGUCUAAUCCGACGUUGUUUUUGGUGGUGUUAUAUGUCAGUGUGGUGCUCGUGUUUGGGACAUGGCGGAAACAACCUCUGCUUCUGUUUCUUCUCCCACUGCGGGUGAUUCGAAUUGGAGAGAGAACAAGUUGUGGAAAGGCACAUUUGCUGUCGCAGGAAUCAUGCUCACCCUCGUUACCUAUGGUGUUUUGCAGGAAAAGAUCAUGAGAGUUCCUUAUGGGGUGAACAAGGACUACUUCAAAUAUUCUCUUUUUCUUGUUUUCUGCAAUCGCAUCACCACGUCUGCUGUUUCAGCUGGUGCUUUACUGGCAAGUAAAAAGGCAUUGGAUCCUGUAGCUCCUAUUUAUAAGUACUGCCUUGUGUCGGUAUCAAACAUACUCACCACAAGUUGUCAGUAUGAGGCCCUCAAAUAUGUUAGUUUCCCUGUUCAGACUCUUGCAAAGUGUGCUAAAAUGAUACCAGUUAUGGUCUGGGGCACUGCCAUAAUGCAGAAGAGAUAUCGGGAAACUGACUAUUUGUUGGCCUUUGUAGUAACCCUUGGCUGCUCAGUGUUCAUCCUGUAUCCGGCAGGGACCGACAUAAGUCCAUACGGUAGAGGAAGGGAAAAUACUGUUUGGGGUGUUUUGCUAAUGCUUGGUUAUCUUGGGUGUGAUGGCUUUACAAGCACAUUCCAAGAUAAGAUGUUUAAAGGCUAUAACAUGGAGAUACAUAAUCAGAUAUUCUAUACUACUUUGUCUUCUUGUAUUCUUAGCCUGACAGGUCUUAUUAUACAAGGACAUUUAUUACCAGCUGUAGAGUUCGUUUAUAUCCAUAAAGAUUGCUUCUUUGACAUUGCAUUGCUUUCAACUGUUGCAACAGCUAGUCAAUUUUUUAUUUCCUACACAAUUCGCACAUUUGGUGCUCUAACAUUUGCUACUAUAAUGACAACAAGACAGUUGGUAAGCAUUUUGCUGUCAUGUGUGUGGUUUGCCCAUCCUCUUAGCUGGCAACAGUGGAUUGGAGCUGUAAUUGUCUUUGGUGCAAUUUAUGCAAAAAGCUUCUUGAGGAAAGCACCUGAAAAGACAACCUCUGUAGAACAUGUACAAAAUGGAAAUGGAAAUUCAAAUAAUUUGAAGGAGAACCCAUGAUGGAGGCUAACUCCUUUGCUGACCUGACGCGGUGUUACCUGAAGUAAUCUGGGACGGCUUCAGUUUAGUUUAGAGCUGCUGCACAUUCAAUUUUUCAGGUCGUGGCUAAUGCAUUAUAUGAAGGUGGUUUGACAUACAGAAAGCCCCCAAUUUUGUAUCCCAGUCAUAACAUCGGAGAACUUGAUUGGAGCUUAGUCCCUCAUUUUUUGACUGGGGAGAUCUAUAAUAUUGAUCCAAACCAAAAGAAUGUUUAUAAAUUGAAAUAUGUUCAAUGUGUCGCCUCAAGCAUGGUGUUUCUUGCUUAUCCAUAAAAAGAAAAAAAAAGGAAGGUUGUUUCUUUUUCUUGUUUUAGUGUGUUUUGUUAAAGACAGCUAAUUUCUAAUUUCUUGGGCCAUCUUUCAGUUAAAUACUACAAGAGUGCGUAGAAAAACCAAUUCCCUUAAAUGUUAGGGGAAUUUGUCCUUGAGAUUUUAACCAAAGAGGAACUAUUUCGGUUGACACAACAAGCUAGACCUUUUGGGUGAUUCAGAUAUAUCCUUAUUGUGACCAUUGUAAUUGAAAAUUUAUAUUGUUGUGUAUAUAUCAACUUGGACCCUCACAUGAGUA